UGUUUCCAGGAAGUUAGAUAAAACUUGGGGAUAGAGUCAAAAACUGCAUGCAAAAUUUCAGUCUCUGAAAAUGUCAAUGUGUUUGCUGUGCUGUUAAGCAGCUGGAGCAGAAGAGAAACAUCAUGGGAAAAAAGAGUGUUCUGCUGCUGCUGCUGGGUGUCCUCGGAGCGUAUUAUGUUUAUACACCUCUCCCAGACAAUAUUGAGGAGCCAUGGAGACUGGUCUUGGUGAAUGCACAGUUUAAAACUCUACAACGUUUGGCUGUGUUUGCCGAACUAUUGGGAAUCAACCAUUUCAUGGACACUUUAAUGUUCUGUAUGAGUUUUCAAGAAGUCCCACCCACAUCUGACGAAAAUGUCACUGUGAUGGAGACCACUUUCAACAAUGUUCCUGUCCGUGUCUACAUUCCAAACCGAAAGUCGCAGGCACUGAGGAGGGGCUUGUUUUACAUUCACGGUGGCGGCUGGUGUUUAGGGAGUGCUGCUUUGGUUGGUUAUGACGUGCUCUCAAGACAAACAGUUAAUAGCCUUGAUGCUGUUGUCGUUUCCACCGAUUAUAGAUUAGCACCUAAAUAUCAUUUUCCCACUCAAUUUGAAGAUGUAUAUAAUUCAUUAAAGUGGUUCUUACGCCAGGAUGUUCUUGAAAAAUAUGGUGUAGAUCCUAAAAGAAUUGGAAUUUCUGGAGACAGUGCUGGAGGGAAUUUGGCUGCAGCAGUCACUCAAAAGCUCAUAGAUGACCCAGAUGUCAAGAUCAAACUCAAGAUCCAGUCUUUAAUUUAUCCGGCCCUGCAGGCUCUGGAUAUGGAUUUACCAUCUUAUCGGGAUAACGCACUAUUUCCAACUCUGACCAAAUCACUCAUGGUCAGGUUUUGGAGUGAAUACUUUACCACGGACAGAUCACUUGAAAAAGCCAUGCUCUUCAAUCAGCACACACCAGUGGAAUCAGCCCAGCUCUUCAAAUUUGCUAAUUGGAGUUCUUUGCUCCCGGAGAUCUUUAAGAAAGGGCACUUGUAUAAGAGUCCAACUCAUGGUACUUCUGAGCUGUUUAAAAAGUAUCCAGGGUUUCUAGAUGUGAGGGCAGCUCCCUUGUUGGCUGAUGACAACAAGUUACAUAGCUUACCUGUUACCUAUGUCAUCACCUGCCAAUAUGACGUCUUAAGAGAUGAUGGAAUCAUGUAUGUCACUCGACUUCAGAAGGCUGAAGUUAGGGUGACCCAUCAUCACUUUGAGGAUGGAUUCCAUGGAGCAAUUUCCUAUCCUGGACUUAAAAUUAGAGAUAGAAUCACAAAUCAUUAUCUGAGUUGGCUAAAUGAAAAUCUGUAGUAAAAUUAUAGAGUCAUCAAACUACAUAAGCCUCAAAAUCAGAAACAAAUUAGUGAGAAUCAAAAGGUUUGUUUACAUUGAUUAUGUUCAUCAUCUGUGAACUUUCAAGGGUCCUCAGAGCCAUUGUGUUGUGUUUUGAUAACUUAAUGGAACUGUGACAGGACAUAGCUGAGCAGUAGCCAUUCUUAUGUAGGAGCUGACCAGCAGCCAUUCCCAGAUAAGCAGUUAUCUCAAGGUCGUAGACUAACCCCCGUUUAGCAGCUGCACUCCUUCUCC